UAUUAGUAUGUAUCAACAUGCAGCAAAACCAAAUGAAGACAACGUUGUACAAACACUACCAACAAACACGAUGAAUUCUGAGCCUAAUAAGGAGCAAUCCCAAAAGGCAGUUAUCACAAUAAAAGAGAAUGAGGUAGUGGACGUAAUUAAUAAGCACAGAGGAGGAAUUGAUGAGGAAGUGAAUAAUACUAUCGUAUCAAGUAAGAAAUUACAAAAGAUAAUACAGAAGAGGUCGUGAAAAUUGUUAACGAAUAUAGAGAGAAUUGAAAAAGUCCAGAAACUUAUAU